AUGCAGCACGCCGAGCCAGAGUACCGGUUCAUGGAUGAUGGCCUCACUUUGGCCAUACCAUGCCCUACAACCAGCUUCUCUUCGGCUUCAUCUAAUUCAUCUUCACCGUACGAGGUCUUCACACCCAUUUCUCGUCGUUCAACGCCUAACAAUCUCAGGCUGGACUUUGACGGCUACCAGUCAUAUGGAGGUCACGGAGACCUCACACCGCCUUCGGCGAUGCAUAAGUACAUGUUUGGUCCCGUGAAAGCGGAGCACGGCACUCUUCCCCCUUCAACACCACUGAUGAGGAAAAUGAGCGACGGCAUGCCCUACGACCACAUCCUCGACAUGAACAACAUGACCACACACUCACUGGGCUCCCUCACUCCUUCGGGCUCUCUACCUGUUUACCCUGGUGCCUCUUUGCCACAUUCCCCCUACAGCAUUUCUCCCACACACAGCAUCUCCCCCUCCGAGAUGGGAGACAAUGCGUCGUCGUGGUGCAACAACAACAGCCCCAUCUUUUCCCUGGGACAGAAGGUGCACUCUCCCCAAGAUGUCGAGUCUCUGGAGCUUGGGUACUCCCACUCCCACUCCCACUCCCCGAUGAGACAAUACUACCUUCACAGACUCCCGCCGACUCCCAACAGGUUGUCGGCUCAGAGGGAGGCCAUGAUCCGCGAGGCACGUCUCAAGACGACGGAGCUUCACAGCCAGAUGAAGGUCCCGCGAAGGGUGCCCGACAAGCACGACAGCUCAUACGACGUGGUACGCAAGGCCAUGUGCAAGUGUGACUACCCCGGCUGCCAGAAGGCCUUCAGGAGGAAUGAGCACUUGAAGCGUCACAAGCAAACGUUCCACGGCGAGGGCCCCAACCGAUUCUCCUGCGAGUUCUGCGGCAAGGACCAGUUCAACCGUCAAGACAACCUCAACAACCACCGCAAACUACAUGCUCGCCCCAACAGCCGCAACCGCGGGGUGGAAUUCAUCCCAGCUGCGGUGCCUGUCAUCGAGCAAGAGGAGCGAAGCCGCAAGAGGCGGGCGCCUCCCAAGUCGAGACUGACCGCAGGAGGAGCGCCAGCGCCCGAGAAGCGAUCAGACAGCUACUGA